CGCGCGUGCCGCUCGCAGGGAGCCAGCCUGCGCGUCCCGAGCCGCGGCCGCAGCCGGAGCUGGCAGGGGGCUCCCGCCCCGGCACGCAGUCGUCUCCCGCUGGCCUCCGGGCCUCCCCAGCGCCAGUGUCGCCCGCCCGGCCCCAGCAGGCGCCGCAGCCCGUGGCCUGGGCAGGAGCGGCCGCCGGUAGCUGCGCCCUGCCCGGGACGGACGCCGGACCGCCCCGUCACGUGCGCCCAAGUCCUCGGCCGGCCGGGGCAGCGCCGUUCCCAUGGUUCAAGGCUGUUGAUGGAGAAGGGGGCGGAUGACAGCCGGGACAGUGGUCAUCACUGGGGGCAUCUUGGCGACUGUGAUUCUGCUCUGCAUCAUUGCCGUUCUGUGCUACUGUCGGCUCCAGUAUUAUUGCUGCAAGAAGGACGAGUCGGAGGAGGACGAGGAGGAGCCUGACUUCGCCGUGCACUCGCACCUGCCCCCGCUGCCCGGCAGCCACAACCUUGUGCUGACCAACGGGCCGGCGCUCUACCCGGCCGCCUCCACCUCCUUCAGCCAGAAGACCCCGCAGGCCCGUGCCCUCUGCCGCAGCUGCUCCCACUACGAGCCGCCCACCUUCUUCCUGCAGGAGCCCGAGGACGAGGGCGUGCGCAACGGCGGGGAGCGCGUGGCCUACCAGAGCAUCGGCCAGGAGGACGCGGAGCUGUCCCCUGGGGGCUUUGGGGGGCUGCAGGCGCUCAACCCCAACCGCCUGUCGGCCAUGCGGGAGGCCUUCUCCCGCAGCCGCAGCGUCAGCACCGACGUCUGAGCCGCCCCGCCCACCCCACGGCUCCCCAGAUCAUGGUGGGGUGUCCGGGGCACACCGGCCUGGCCCCAGGCUGGGACCAGGGCUCGGGCCAGCCCUCCUCACCUCCCUGUCACCAUGGGGGCCCACCGGGGAGCUCGGUGGCUCACGGCAGGGGUAAGGCGCAGUGAACACCCGGGUGGCCACCAGAGGCAGGGGCUGCGGAGCCCGGGGCAGGCAGGCACAGGUGAGCCGAGGCUACCAGGUGAGCAGGUCACAGGACAGGGCAGGGCUCCAGGGUGGAGACAUCAGGCUCCCGACAAUGUGGCUGCCCUGCCCCCGACUGUGGCCAUCCCUGCCUGGGAACCUGACCCCGUCCUCUGAUCCCUGGGCCUCUGCCUUCCCACCUGUUCAACAAGGAGGUGGCAGCCGCAAUGCCACUGGCCUGGAAGCAGGUACAGACCAAGUAUCCUGUCCUGGGAGGGGGCCGCCGCCUCCGCCUCCCUCCCCCGCACGCACGCCCCCCUGGCUUCCAGUGCCAGGCUGCUGAGACACUCUUUGGGCCGGGCCCUCUGCAGAUGCCCUUGAAGAGCUGGAGGGGCCGCUCACAGCCCCAGCUGGCUUUCUGGUGAAAGAGGGAGGCACAGAGGGAGGAGGAAGCCACGUGCUGACCACCUCCCUCAGGAACGUGCAUCCUUUGGGACGCGCCCAGGUCCGAAGUUCUGGGGGGCUGGGCAGACAGAGCAAGGAUCAGGACCUGAAAGCCCCCCUGUCUCCCCGUGAGGCCUGGGACAGGCCCUCCCACCCACUAGGCCUCAGCUUCCAGGAGCCCUUCAAGCUCUGGUCCCCAGGGGAGACACCCCAAGCUCUCCCACCCAGCCCCUGUGUCUCAGCGGGGGGUCUGGGAGCAAGGCCCGUGAUCCUGCCCUUGGUCCAUGGAGGACCUCUGAGCCCACUCGCCGGGG